UCUGCAAUUUUCAAUUUCCAAAGCCUUCUCACGGUCAUCCUUCUUCUUAUAUGCACAUGUACUUAUAUCAGGAGCUUCAUGCCAAAUCUUCUUGACCGGCAUAAAACAGGGUACUUUGCCAAUUUAUUUAACGCGUGUAUUCACAGGUUUAUUGGCACCUUCUGGAAAUGUGCUCGAAUAGGUGAAAGAAAGAGUCCAUAUGUGGCGUUUUGCUGCUUGGCUAUGGCUGUUAUGAUUCUAUUCAGCGACUAA